AUGUUCCCACUUACUCCUCCAGAAGUGUUAAAGCAAACCCAAGAAGAACGGAAGGGAACUAAACAUCAUCGUUCACCGAGUGAUCCGGGUGUAAAAUAUCCAAAGUUAGAACAUUAUUUUAAGAGGCAAUCUCCUCCGGACUCAGAUAGAGAAGAAUUGUUAACCUUACGGCAAUAUUUGGAGACGACUUUAAAUGCAGUAAUGAUGCAGUUGAAGUAUAAAUUGGAACAGCAACAUCAGUUACCUUUGGACGACGUUGCCUCUCCCAACAUUUUUGAUGUCAGACGGUCAAAGGAUUUAAAGGUCGACACGGCCGGGAGACAGUUUCUGUGUUGGUUGAUUGAACACGAUUUUAUUCUCCUUAAUGGUCGUACUAAGGGAGAUUUCCCAGGUGAACUAACUUUUUUGUCAAAAGUGGGUAGCUCGGUUAUAGACUUUAUUGUCGUUUCUCAGAAUCUGGUUCAUAAGGUUGAAUCCCUUUGUGUUGGGUCUCUCUCAUCUUCGGACCAUUUUCCAGUGGAAUUACAGUUGUCGGCCGGAAACAGAUUUUCCUUUGUUGAUGGGCUUUGUCCCACCAAGACUCGUUAUGUUUGGAAUGAUUCAAAAGUAGAAUUGUUUGGUGACGCCGUAUCGCUGAGUUUCCGAAAUAUAAACUUUGAUUCUGUGUCUGUUGAUGAUUUAUAUGGUAUUAUUUUAUCCGAGCUAUGCUCUAUCUUAAGAAGACUAAAUGUGUUAAUUGAAUGUGUUGAACCUUACAGGAGGAUUCGUCCCCCUUGGUUUGAUAGAUCAUGUUACAUUCAGAAGCGAGCGAGGAACAUUGCCUUGGGCAGAUCUAAUAGUCAGGCUGAUUUGGCUUCCUUUUUAAAUUUAAAACGACAAUAUAAUUCACUUAUUAGGGCCAAAAAGAGGAAAGAUUUAUGUAAUUAUGCUUUACAGAUGGAUGGGAUUAGAGACUCUAAGACCGUUUGGUAUCGGAUAGGUCGUUUUCGUCGGGUCAGGCGCAUACUAGACCAAGAGAUUUCCUUGGCCGACUGGUUUAUUUAUUAUCAACAAUUAUUUAGUUUAAAUACACCGAAUUUACCCCCGAUUCUGUCACUGCCGAUGGCUUCUUUUGUUGUUGAUCCUAAUUUAGAUCUUCCUAUCUCUGAUACAGAGGUGAAUACAGCACUUCAAAAGAUGCGAAUUCGUUCUACUCCCGGGGUGGAUAAUGUUUCACCGUCUUUAAUUGUUUACUCUAAGGAAACUUUGGUUCCUUACUUGGCCAAGUUAUUUAAUCGAGUUUAUGACACUGCUAGAAUUCCGAAUUCGUGGUUAGAGGUAAAGAUAAAAGUUAUCCAUAAAAAAGGUCCACUAGACGAUCCCGCUAACUUUCGACCAAUAUCGUUGUUGCCUGUAGUUCGAAAAAUAUUUACUUCUAUUUUGGCAUAUAGAUUAUGUAUUUGGCUAAAAGAGAGGAAUCUGAUUCAACUAGUGCAAUUUGCUUUCCAACCUCGGAAGAGCACUUUAAGUAAUAUUUUGAUUCUUUACUCCAUUAUUUGUAGACAGCUAUCAAAGAAAAGACAAUGUUUACUUGCAGCGUUCAUUGACUAUAAGAAAGCCUUUGACAGUGUUGUUUUGAAUAUUUUGUUAUUUAAAUUAAAAAUGCUUGGAAUCUCUGACAAGUUUAUUGACAUUAUUCAAUGUUUAUUUUCAGGAUUGAAAACAAGGGUUUCCACUAGUGCCGGGUCUACAGAUGCUUUUUCAUUAGAAAAGGGUUUACCACAGGAUGAUUCCUUAAGUCCGAUAUUGUUUAUUUGUUAUGUUAAUGACAUGGUACAAGUUUUUGAUGAUUUAAGUAAAGAUUCCAUUUCUCUGGGAAACUACGAAGUCCAUUUACUUCAAUUUGCUGAUGAUACAGUGGUGUUAUCCACUACCCCGAUUUAUCUACAAAGGAAAUUGGAUAGGCUAUAUAAUUAUUCCUCCAAUUUGGGUUUGAGAAUUAAUUUAUCCAAAUCGAAAAUAAUAAUUUUUAGACAUGGUGGAAGGCUAAAAAAAGCCGAUAAGUUUUUCUUAAACGGUAAAGGAGUCAGUAUUGUUAAUGAAGUUAUAUAUUUGGGGAUUCGUCUCUCAGCUACUACCUCGUUCCAAAAUUACAUUUCUUACGUUAAAGGCAAAGCAUUUUCCAAAAUAAAUGUUAUAACAGAAAUCUUAAGAAGGGUUAAAAACAGUCAUAUGGCUUUGUGUAAAAAACUUGUCGCCUCUCUUUUUACUUCGAGUUGGUCUUAUAGUUUGCCCUUUCGGAAGCCUUUUUGUUUCGAGGGUAUCGACUCUAUAGAACUGAUGUUCUUUCGUCGUCUGUUUGGUCAUGAGAGGUCGAUCCCAUCGUAUGCAAUCAGAUAUGAAUUGGGCCUUGAGUUUCCCCGGAAACACUUUGUCAAAUUAACCUUAAAUUUUCUGAGAAACAUAAUCUCUGACCCAUCAUCCUUGGAAUGUGAGGCUUAUUCUACUUUGAAGAAGUUUUCACCGAAAAGAUCGCUCAAAUUCUGUUGGUUUACUAAACUAGAGAAUCUAUUUAAUAGAAUAGGUAUCUCACUCUCUUUGAUAGAUUCCUCUCCAGAUGUUUUGAAAUAUUACGCAGAUACAAUUUUACAAGAGUUUGAUAAUCUUUUCUUGAGAGAAGAAGGGGAUAGGAUUCUUAAUGCUAAGUACCAUUUAUGGUACCCAGAAAUAUUAGACAACAGCCGGUGUUUUUACAUUUAUUAUCAGCAGUUACCGUUUAUUGUUAAAAAACGAUAA